GAAGUAUUGGUUAAUCCGUUGAAGCACGCUCACUGACUUUGACGGGGACAGCACAUUGAUUUGGUUGGAAGAGGGAAACAGUAGCAGUAAAUGGGAAGCAAAAAUUGUUCUUUUCCUUACUCUGUCAUCGCUGUUUCCCAGCUACCCUCAUAACCAUUCCCACAUUUUAUCCACAGAGAAAUUCACUCUCCACUGUGUGUUUGUGCGUGAAAAUGGUGUCCAAUUACCUGCUUCUUGAAGAGCCGAUCAGGAUGGCUUCAAUUCUUGAGCCAUCUAAGCCUAAUUUCUUCCCAGCAAUGACAAAGAUAAUUGGUACACUAGGCCCGAAUUCGCGGUCCGUGGAGGUUAUUUCUGGGUGUCUUAAGGCUGGAAUGUCUGUUGCGCGAUUUGAUUUUUCAUGGGGCGAUGCUGAAUUUCACCAAGAAACACUAGAGAAUUUGAAAGUGGCCAUCAAGACGACGAAAAAACUCUGUGCAGUUAUGCUUGAUACAGUGGGUCCAGAGCUGCUAAUUGUCAACAAAUCCGAGCAUCCUAUUACCCUCGAGGAAGAUUCCUUCAUCAUCCUGACACCUGAUCAAGAUAAAGAAGCUACUUCAAAUUUACUUCCCAUUAAUUUUAGUGGGCUAUCCAAGGCAGUGAAAAAGGGUGAUGAUAUCUUCAUUGGCCAGUACUUGUUUACUGGAAGAGAAACAACUUCAGUUUGGCUGGAGGUAUCUGAGGUGAAAGACGAGGAUGUGGUUUGUCUGAUCAAGAAUUCUGCCAUCUUGGCUGGGCCAUUGUAUACUCUACACGUCUCUCAGAUCCGUAUUGACCUUCCUACCCUCACUGAUAAAGAUAAGGAGGUUAUAAGCACAUGGGGACUCCGAAAUAAAAUAGAUUUCCUUUCACUUUCUUAUGCUCGACGUGCAGAAGAUGUUAGACAUGCACGUGAGUUUCUUUCCAAAUUGGGCGACCUGAACCAGACACAGGUUUUUGCCAAGAUUGAGAAUGUGGAGGGUUUGAUUCAUUUUGACGAGAUUCUCCAAGAAGCCGAUGGCAUAAUCCUUGCUCGUGGAAAUCUUGGAAUAGACCUCCCGCCAGAGAAGGUAUUUUUAUAUCAAAAGGAAGCUCUUUACAAAUGCAACAUAGCAGGGAAGCCAGCAAUCAUCACUCGUGUUGUGGACAGUAUGACUGACAACUUAAGACCGACUCGUGCUGAGGCGACUGAUGUUGCAAAUGCUGUACUCGAUGGUAGUGAUGCAAUUCUUUUAGGUGCGGAAACCCUGCGGGGAUUAUACCCCAUUGAGACAAUAUCAACUGUCGGAAAAAUUUGUUCCGAGGCAGAAAAGGUUUACAAUCAGGAUCUCUAUUUCAAAAAUACUGUCAAGUACGUUGGCGAACCGAUGACACACCUGGAGUCAAUAGCUUCUUCUGCAGUCCGUGCUGCUGUGAAGGUGAAGGCAUCUGUCAUCAUUUGUUUCACUUCAUCAGGACGAGCUGCAAGGCUAAUAGCUAAGUACAGACCUACCAUGCCUGUCUUAUCAGUAGUCAUUCCACGAUUGAAGACAAAUCAGCUGCAAUGGACUUUCAGUGGUGCUUUUGAGGCGCGGCAAUCCCUGAUAGUCAGAGGCCUUUUUCCCAUGCUCGCAGAUGCUCGACAUCCUGCUGAGCCCGUGAGUGCAACGAACGAGUCCGUCUUAAAGCUUGCUUUGUGUCACGGGAAGGCUGUUGGCCUCAUAAAACCGCAUGACCGUGUCGUCGUUUGUCAGAAAGUUGGUGAUGCAUCUGUAGUGAAGAUCAUUGAGCUUGAAGAUUAGAUUCUCCCCUUCUUUUCUGAAAAUCUUACAAAACAACGGAUGGUGGUAGCGUACGUUCGAUUUUGUCUAUGUUCUGGUGCUUGUCGUCUUCGGUAUGGUAUGAGAAAGAACAACAAUGUUGCAGUACUACGAAUCUACUGAAUGACAAUGUUGCACUACUAUGAAUCUACUGUUAGGAUGCUGUGAUAUGUAUGUAUGAAAAUUUACCAAGAUGAGAAAAAGUAGUUUACUUUUCCAUUAUCUUAU